CCGAUAUUCAUGUCUCUACAUUGCACUCUCACACUCGUAUAAAUACAUUACUAGCUAGUCUUUUAUCAUUAGAAUCUGUAGAUCCGUUCCUAUCGUUCUCAGUCUCCUCUUCUUAGGUCGAAAUGUCUCUUCUUUCAGAUCUUAUUAAUCUCAACCUUGCUGACACCACAAAGAAGGUGAUCGCAGAGUAUAUAUGGAUUGGUGGAUCAGGCAUGGACAUUAGAAGCAAAGGCAAGACUCUUCCUGAGCCAGUUACUGAUCCUGCAAAGCUUCCAAAGUGGAACUAUGAUGGUUCCAGCACAGGCCAGGCUUCUGGGGAAGACAGUGAAGUCAUCUUAUAUCCCCAAGCAAUUUUCAGGGACCCAUUUAGGGGGGGCGAUAACAUUCUUGUUAUGUGUGAUACCUACACUCCAGCUGGAGAGCCUCUUCCAACAAAUGCGAGGUACAAAGCUGAAAAAAUUUUCAGCCAUCCUGAUGUUGUUGCCGAGGAACCUUGGUACGGUAUAGAGCAGGAGUACACCUUGUUGCGACAAGAAGUGAAGUGGCCUAUUGGGUGGCCUCUCGGUGGUUAUCCUGGACCACAGGGACCAUACUACUGUGGUACUGGUGCUGACAAAGCCUUUGGCCGUGAUAUUGUAAAUUCUCAUUACAAAGCCUGUCUUCAUGCUGGCAUUAACAUAAGUGGCAUCAAUGGAGAAGUGAUGCCUGGCCAGUGGGAGUUCCAAGUUGGCCCUGUUGUUGGUAUCUCUUCUGGAGACCAGCUUUGGGUUGCUCGUUACAUUCUAGAGAGGGUUACAGAGAUAGCUGGAGUGACGCUUUCCUUUGAUCCUAAACCUAUUGAGGGAGACUGGAAUGGGGCUGGUGCUCACACUAACUAUAGUACCAAGUCCAUGAGAAAUGAUGGGGGGUAUGAUGUGAUCAAAACAGCCAUUGAAAAGCUCAAGUUGAGGCACAAGGAACACAUUGCAGCGUACGGGGAAGGCAAUGAUCGCCGUCUCACUGGAAAGCAUGAAACAGCAGACAUCAACAACUUCUCCUGGGGAGUCGCAAACCGUGGAGCCUCAGUUAGAGUUGGCAGAGAGACAGAGAAAGCUGGCAAAGGUUAUUUUGAGGACAGGAGGCCUGCUUCUAACAUGGAUCCAUAUGUAGUCACCUCCAUGAUUGCAGAGACCACCAUCCUCUGGAAACCAUAAAGAAGAUUUAUUCAACCUGUUCUGUCUGAUUGAUCUUUUUGUGAUGGUUGAUUUCUUCCAUUGCUAUCUUAUGUUGAGGCUUGUUCCUCGUCAAUCAGCAUCUUACUUUAAUAGUUUUAUCCUAGUGUUUGCCCAUUUAAUUUUGGAAUAAAUGAUAAAAUUAUUAUUUGAACUA